AUGAAUCGGGAAGAGCAUUUCUACUCACCUGCGCAGCUCUACAAAGACCCUUGUGCCUACCAGAGACCGCAGAGCGAAGACUUCAGCCAGAGCCCGCCACCGUGUCUCUAUAUGGGCCGGCAGACUCAGCCCGUCUACGCCUCGCCGUCCGUGGGCACCCUUGAUCAGACGUGCCUGCCUGAUAUUGCUUCAUACAGCAUACCAAUGCGAGAGGACCCGGUCACCCAGCACUUGCAGCACCCCCAGGCCCCAGCGGCCCACCUGCAGCCAGUCGGAGGCUACGGAGACCCCCCUGACCUCUGCGCCGACCGGAACAGAUACCACUUACCUUUUCCUUGGAUGAAGUCCACAAAGUCUCACGCACAUACUUGGAAAGGACAGUGGGCAGGCCCCUACAUGGUAGAGGUGGAGGAGAACAAGAGGACGCGGACGGCCUACACGCGCGCUCAGCUGCUGGAGCUCGAGAAGGAAUUCCUUUUCAACAAAUAUAUCUCGCGGCCAAGGCGCGUGGAGCUGGCGCUGACACUCAGCCUCACCGAGAGACACAUCAAGAUCUGGUUCCAGAAUCGCCGCAUGAAAUGGAAGAAAGAGGAAGACAAGAGACGGGCCAGGACCGGGGACCCUGAGCAGGACUCCUCCAUUACCUCCGGGGACCUGAAGGACGACCCUUGCGUCCCGGCGGCACCUGCGGCACCGACCUCACCUUUGCAUGGUUUGGGUUCCUCAGUUCCCCGCGACGCAGCGUAA